CUGCGUCCACUAAGCAGACAAUGUAACAGUAGUAACAACCCCGGUAGUACCUAUUAAAUUUACUGUAAUCAUAAGAUAUCUUUACUAAAUUUUCUAAUAAACUCACAAAACCGACAAAAAUCAUAAAGGACUAAAUAUCUGCAAUAUUUCCGACGCACAAUUACCACCUUGUUCCUUUAAAGGCCAAGGCAAAAACACGUACCAGCCCACUUCCACCAUGGGAUUUUUUUUGUUAGAUAUCUUCUGUUGACACGUUUCCUUCAGGAGCUUCGCGCUUCCUAUGGACGACGACCCCGACGAGAACCGCGACCAGACCCUGCCGCCCCUGUCAUCCAGCAACACGGUAAUCCUCCCCGAAGCCUCCAUCGGCACUUACGGAUUAACCUACGACGUCAUCUUUCGCCUGGCCCAGGUUGUCGACAACGUCAUCAUCGAACCGUCCAUCGGCGACGCGGUGUCCCCGUCCUUCGACGAUCUUCGUACGCUGCAGCGGAAUUCCGUUAAUUCCCUGGUCUUAAUCACCGAUUUCCAUCCCGGAGAAGUGACAGCCAAUAUCAAUCCGGUAGAUGAUCAUCUGAUGUAUGGGGCGAUUGAGGUCGCGCGCAUGACCUCGCCGGAACCGGAUCCGCACGGGAACACAUUACCAGCCGCCCUGGAGCGCCAUCGGGCUGACGAUGAGGAUGCGCUGGUGUUUGUCUGGAACCGCCCCACUGCGCCGGCGCCGAUUAAUGUAGUUCCACCGUUUGAUCGACCGCGUCGGGAAACUUCCCAUGAUUCCCUAGCCGAUGACAACGAUGAAGAAAGUCAUGAUGAUAAUGAAUCAGAGAAUGAUGUGGAAAGUGGGUACCUCGCUGACCAGGAAUCCAGCGAACAUGUUCCGAUCCCGUACAACGACCACCACACGCAUGUGGCACACCGAGGUCAUCCGGAUGCGUCGGGCUCUGAUGCCAGUUUAACGCAGAGGAUCCUGGAGUCCAACGAACGCAUAAUCACCAGAAGGAACACACUGCGCCACCAUCGCACAGCUAUCAGUGAUGCGGAAAUGGUCGAGCCGGGCGAGAAUGAGCUCCGAAUAAUGUCGCCCCAUCGGCGCUUGCAAUCAGCGCCAUGUGGCUUGGACACAGAAGGUCACCCAACAGCAGGGACAACACGACCGGCACCAUAGUGAAUGCGUACUUAUCAAAAUACUGUAAAAGCGUUUCAACGUUUUACAUUUUAUUGUGUAGAAAUUUGCGCAAAUUUUUCGCAUUUCCACAGACUUUUAUUUACUGAAACAAUUCGACCAAAUCUGCAUUUUAUUACUCACCACAGUAGAAUACACAAAUCAACAAA